CCACUUGAACGUUGGGUGCAAUUUGCUAAGGACAAAAUCCAGCCCAGUCCCACACCCAAAUUGCAAAUAGAAACUUAUCUGUCGGCAUUCUCAAUUCUUAAAAGUUUUCAUAAAAUCAUGCCGAAGCAGUGUGAUUGCCCCUACCCGGUAAAAUAUCGGACUGAAGUCAGCCAAGAAUUUAAACGUCCCUGGACCGGUCACACGUUAAACGGUGUCCACGCCCUACUUUGGGUGGGCCUUUUCGUCCUCGUGUUUUACAACAUGCUCGUCUACCACACGUAUUUGGAGAACACGUCAAACAUCUUGGCGGACAUUGAUUCCACCGUUUCGGGAGCGUUGUACACGUCAGAUCCAGAACUGCCUCCGUUGUAUAAAAGAUUCUGGGACAAUCCGGACCUCGUAGUCUCCUCGCAUGAGUCAAAAGAUGGCGAAUCGCUGAUCCGAACUAAUCUGAUUAUCACACCGAAUCAAACUAGAGGUGUGUGUUUGGAGGAUAUAAACGUUCCUGGGGCAAGUUGCGAAUCGGAUGGGGAUUGUCCACCCGGGAAAAUAUUAGGGCCAGAUGGACAUGGUUCCUUAACGGGGAAAUGUGUGGAUACACUGUGUCAAAUAAAUGCUUGGUGUCCGACCCCAUCGUAUCAGUUGCCGCUUAAGAAUGGAACCUUGUUUAAGGAUGUUGUAAAUUUUACCGUCACGAUAAAAAAUACGGUUCGGUUUCCUGACUUUAUGGGAAGCGGAGGUUUCGCGAAUAAUUCGGCACUAAUGGAAGGCGAGACAUGCCUGUAUCACAAUGAGACGAACAAGUUAUGUCCAAAUUUUAGGAUUGGGGACAUUAUUGAGUAUGCGGGGGGUGAUUUUGACAAAACAGCGAUUCAUGGGGGUGUUCUAGCAAUAAAUUUGAACUGGGAUUGUGACCUCACGUGGGGCAAGGGGAUGGAAGAUUGCAAGUUGGUGUACGACUUUUCUCUCCCCAGUGGAGAAAAUUUGAUCAAGUUAAGAACCUUGGGGGAUAAGAGGGGAUACGAAUUCAGCACGAGCAUAUACCACGAGGACGAUCGAAGGACACAUAUUCACAGCUACGGGCUGAAAAUCAUUGUCAACGUGCAAGGAAAAGCGAGAAGGCUGGAUUGGCAGAAUGCCAUCAUACAAAUUGGAUCUGGUUUUGGCUUAGUGUCCCUGGCGGGUUGGAUAGUCACUUUUGUCACGUGGGUUUGUUGCUGGAUGUCGGGCGGUAAAUUUCAUGCAAAAAAUACACUCGGACAAGAAUCGGCUCCUUCAAUUUUAAGCUCUUCGCUUGGAUCGGUGGAGGACUUAAGUCGAUCUUCAUCUCACGUUUUCCAAGGGACCAACAGUGCCACAAGUGGGGCAACACAUGCCUCUUCCUCAUAUGAAGACCAUUCCACACGGGCUGCAGAGACGGAACGUCUCAUACAGGCAAAAGAAUAACCGCCUGGUCUCAAUUUACACUGUAGGACAUCAGCAAAAGAAUUAACAAUUUUUAGUAAAACAAUUUCUAUUUCAAAUACAUAAAACUUCCCAAAAGUCAUUGCCAUUUUCCAAUUUCUUGUCUUCAAAAUUAUGCAUUAGCUCUACAUAUUAAUUGCAAUUGCUUAUGUACAUAUUCAAUAUAUGUAAAGCAUUGAAAAUCCCGAAUAAAUUAGUUAUGCAUGUUUUACUUA